GGGCUUAGCGUCGAUACACUACACCCGAUGUCCGGGUCCUGCGGGGGUGCAUGAUUCGCUGGCGUUCCUGUUGCCUGCAUGCCAUGGCGUUCAAGCACACGUUUCCGGUCUCGCAGGCUCACCAGUCGCUCGACUUUCACUGAUGCAGCGGCUGCUGCAUGAGGACCUGAAAGGAAGGGAGUCGGUGCAGCCACAACACUGAUUGGUCACAGCUCACCGGCGGCGGUCCUGAGCUGGCAAUUGUUGGAAAACGCCACCGGGGAUAAAAAGGGCAGAGGGAGCGCAGCUUUUUUUUGGUUUUGAGAUUCGACGUCGCUGCGCUUAAUGGAGUCUCUGUGGCCGUGCAAGUCAGUUGCCUUUCUGACCCUCCGUCAGGCUCUCCUAAACCAAAACAAAUCGCAAAUUGGCCGUCACUCUACCUGCGGGUCUCCGUCAGUCAUUCAACCCAAAAUGGUGCGGCAGCAGCCUCCGCCCAACUGCGAUCAGUCGGAGCUGGAUCUCUGGCUGGAUGAAGUCGACGAAAGCAUGAUCUUCCGGCCGGCUUGUGCGCUGGGCAUGUCCUGCGGCACCGUGACCGUCGACCUGGCGCGAGCCAUGGUGCUCGUGAUCUGGAACAACCGCCUGAAGCUCUGGCAGCUUCCCAAGGGCAGAAGAAACCUCAACGAGAGCAUGCUCGCGGCGGCGCUGCGGGAGACUCACGAGGAGACAGGCAUCCGCGUCACGCCGCUGCGGCUCGACAUCGAGACGCGCGCGACGCCUCCCAAGUCUGAGCGUGCGGACACGUCCAGCAAGCCGCCCAACAUCACCAAGGGCUACCCGAGCACCGAAUUCGUCGGCGCGUGCAUGUACCCAGAUCCACAGUCGGAAACCGAGGCGCUGAAGAUCGUGUACUUCUUCGCCGCGACGGCGGAUUGCACCGUUGCUCGGGACUCCGGGACGCAGGAGGAGUGGGAGAAGCUCGACGCAAAAUGGAUCCCGCUAAGCGAGAUACCGAGCAAGUUGCGAUUCAACGCCGAGGUGCGGACGGUCAUGAAGGCGGUGGAUGAUAUGAGGAGGUCGGGAUACAAAAUUGGUGUUUGAGUUGACGAGGCUGGAGAAGCCAAGAAUUGCGCCUGCCGCGAACAACGCCCUUCCUUUUGAUUUCUCCGAUUUUUCUGCGGCUUGGGCGGCCGUUUUGUGUUGAGUUGGUAAUUGCGCUUUGUACGACAGGCAAUCGAUCGGAUGGUGACUGCGAGUUUAUUGUAGAGACAUCGGCAAGCAAUGGGCGAAAGGAAGGUCCCGAAAGCAGUGAGUAAUGGUUUCUUUGGCUUGGUUGCUUCUCAUUGGGAC